AGAUCAUCCUUGAGUGAAUUUUGACAGAAGAUGUUACAACAGUUGUGUCUCUGGAAAUGUUUAGCUUCGGGGAUCAUUCUUGGCUGUCUCAUCAUAGUCUGCGUGGGCCAGCAUGAUGAUGACUGCAAACUAGCUAGGGGAGGACCACCAGCUACUAUAGUUGCCAUAGAUGAAGAAAGUCGUAAUGGUACAAUUCUGGUGGACAACAUGCUGAUCAAAGGGACUGCUGGAGGACCAGACCCCACCAUAGAGCUCUCUUUAAAGGACAACGUGGAUUAUUGGGUGUUGUUGGAUCCUGUUAAACAAAUGCUUUUCCUGAACAGCACAGGCAGAGUCCUGGAUAGAGACCCGCCAGUGAACAUACACUCCAUUGUAGUGCAAGUUCAAUGCAUCAAUAAAAAGGUGGGCACAGUAAUCUACCACGAAGUACGAAUUGUGGUGAGAGACAGAAAUGACAAUUCGCCCACGUUCAAGCAUGAAAGCUACUAUGCCACAGUAAAUGAGCUUACCCCAGUAGGAACCACAGUAUUCACAGGAUUUUCAGGAGACAAUGGAGCUACUGACAUAGAUGAUGGCCCAAAUGGACAGAUAGAAUAUGUUAUUCAAUAUAAUCCAGAUGAUCCGACAUCUAAUGACACCUUUGAGAUUCCCCUCAUGUUGACUGGAAAUGUGGUGUUAAGAAAGAGGCUCAACUAUGAAGAUAAGACUCGCUACUUUGUCAUUGUCCAAGCCAACGACCGUGCACAAAAUCUGAAUGAACGCCGAACCACCACAACCACCCUCACUGUGGAUGUUUUGGAUGGGGAUGACUUGGGCCCCAUGUUUCUUCCCUGCGUCCUUGUGCCAAACACUCGAGACUGUCGUCCACUCACCUAUCAAGCUGUCAUUCCUGAGUUAAGAACCCCGGAAGAACUGAAUCCCAUCAUUGUUACCCCACCUAUCCAAGCUGUUGAUCAAGACCGGAAUAUUCAACCACCAUCAGAUAGACCAGGCAUCCUGUAUUCCAUCCUUGUUGGGACUCCUGAGGAUUACCCGCGAUUUUUCCAUAUGCAUCCUAGGACAGCAGAACUCAGUCUCCUGGAGCCAGUCAACAGAGGCCUUCAUCAGAAAUUUGAUUUAGUUAUUAAGGCUGAACAGGAUAAUGGCCAUCCUCUUCCUGCAUUUGCCAGUCUGCAUAUUGAAAUAUUGGAUGAAAACAAUCAGAGUCCAUACUUCACAAUGCCCAGCUAUCAAGGUUAUAUCCUGGAGUCUGCCCCUGUGGGAGCAACCAUUUCUGACAAUCUGAAUUUGACCACUCCUCUAAGAAUUAUAGCCCUGGACAAGGACAUAGAAGAUACGAAAGACCCAGAGCUUCACCUUUUUCUAAAUGAUUACACCUCAGUGUUCACCGUAACACAGACUGGAAUUAUUCGCUACCUCACUUUACUUCAGCCAGUGGACAGGGAAGAACAGCAAACCUACACCUUUUCGAUAACAGCUUUCGAUGGUGUGCAAGAAAGUGAUCCGGUUGUUGUCAAUAUUCGAGUGAUGGAUGCAAAUGAUAACACUCCCACCUUCCCUGAGAUAUCUUAUGAUGUCUAUGUUUACACAGACAUGAGCCCUGGGGACAGUGUCAUACAGCUCACUGCCGUCGACGCAGACGAAGGGUCAAAUGGGGAGAUCACAUAUGAAAUCCUGACUGGGGCUCAGGGAGACUUCGUCAUCAAUAAAACAACAGGGCUUAUCACCAUCGCUCCGGGGGUGGAAUUGAUAGUCGGGCGGACUUACGCGCUCACUGUCCAAGCAGCGGACAAUGCUCCUCCAGCAGAGAGAAGGCACUCCAUCUGCACUGUGUAUAUUGAAGUGCUUCCUCCAAAUAAUCAAAGUCCUCCUCGCUUCCCACAGCUGAUGUAUAGCCUUGAAGUUAGUGAAGCCAUGAGGAUUGGUGCUGUCCUAUUAAACCUACAGGCAACUGACAGAGAAGGAGACUCAAUAACAUAUGCCAUUGAGAAUGGAGAUCCUCAACGAGUUUUUAAUCUUUCAGAAACGACUGGGAUUCUAACAUUAGGCAAGGCGCUGGACAGGGAGAGCACAGAUCGCUACAUCCUGAUUGUCACAGCUUCAGAUGGCAGACCAGAUGGGACCUCCACUGCCACAGUCAACGUGGUGGUGACCGACGUCAAUGAUAACGCCCCGGUGUUUGAUCCCUACCUUCCUAGAAACCUGUCUGUGGUAGAGGAAGAAGCCAAUGCCUUUGUGGGGCAAGUACGGGCCACAGACCCUGAUGCUGGAGUAAAUGGACAAGUACACUACAGUUUGGGCAAUUUCAAUAAUCUUUUUCGCAUCACAUCAAAUGGAAGUAUUUACACGGCUGUAAAACUAAACAGAGAAGUCAGGGAUUACUACGAACUUGUUGUUGUGGCAUCUGAUGGAGCAGAACACCCACGUCAUUCAACUCUGACCUUGGCCAUCAAGGUCUUGGAUAUCGAUGAUAACAGUCCUGUAUUUACCAAUUCUACAUAUACUGUUGUUGUGGAAGAGAACCUGCCAGCUGGGACCAUCUUCCUUAAAAUUGAGGCCAAAGAUGCUGACCUUGGAGCAAAUGUGUCUUAUCGGAUAAGAAGCCCGGAAGUGAAGCACUUUUUUGCACUGCAUCCAUUCACAGGAGAGCUGUCCCUUCUACGGAGUUUGGAUUAUGAAGCAUUUCCAGAUGAAGAAGCAACUAUUACUUUUCUUGUGGAGGCUUUUGAUAUUUAUGGGACAAUGCCACCGGGCAUUGCAACCGUCACAGUGAUAGUAAAGGACAUGAAUGAUUACCCUCCUGUGUUCAGUAAGCGGGUCUAUAAAGGCAUGGUGGCUCCGGACGCGGUCAAGGGAACCCCCAUCACAACAGUGUAUGCUGAGGAUGCAGACCCUCCUGGAUUACCUGCAAGUCGAGUGAGGUACAGAGUCGAUGACAUCCAGUCUCCUUAUCCUGCCAGUAUUUUUGAUGUAGAAGAAUCUGGAAGAGUGAUAACUCGGGUCAAUCUGAAUGAGGAACCUACCACAAUUUUUAAGUUGGUGGUUAUUGCAUUUGAUGAUGGUGAGCCUGUGAUGUCCAGUAGCGCCACAGUGAAGAUUCUUGUUUUACAUCCUGGAGAAAUUCCACGCUUCACACAAGAGGAGUAUAGACCUCCUCCAGUAAGUGAACUUGCAGCCAGAGGGACUGUGGUCGGGGUGGUUGCUGCUGCAGCUGUCAAUCAGAGCAUCGUGUACUCCAUCGUCGCAGGAAAUGAGGAAGACAAGUUCGGGAUUAAUAACAUCACAGGUGUUAUCUAUGUGAAUGCCCCUUUGGAUUAUGAGACAAGAGCAAGUUACGUCCUUCGCGUGCAAGCUGAUUCUCUGGAAGUGGUCCUCGCCAAUCUCAGAGUUCCUUCAAAAAGCAAUACAGCGAAAGUAUACAUUGAGAUUCAGGAUGAAAAUAAUCAUCCUCCAGUGUUUCAGAAAAAAUUCUACAUUGGUGGUGUAUCUGAAGAUGCAAGGAUGUUUGCUUCUGUGCUCAGAGUGAAGGCUACUGAUAGAGAUACUGGCAAUUAUAGCAGCAUGGCAUACAGACUUAUCAUACCACCAAUCAAAGAGGGAAAAGAAGGAUUCGUGGUAGAAACAUACACUGGGCUUAUCAAAACUGCCAUGCUCUUCCACAAUAUGCGGAGGUCCUACUUCAAGUUUCAAGUUAUUGCAACUGACAACUAUGGGAAGGGACUGAGCGGCAAAGCAGAUGUCCUUGUCUCUGUGGUCAACCAGUUGGAUAUGCAGGUCAUUGUUUCUAAUGUGCCCCCUACUCUAGUGGAAAAGAAGAUAGAAGAUCUUACAGAAAUUUUGGAUCGCUACGUUCAGGAGCAAAUUCCUGGUUCCAAGGUUGUGGUGGAAUCAAUUGGUGCUCGCCGGCAUGGAGAUGCCUUUUCUCUAGAAGAUUACACCAAAUGUGACCUGACUGUCUAUGCAAUCGACCCCCAGACCAACAGGGCCAUAGACAGAAAUGAGCUAUUCAAAUUUUUGGAUGGCAAACUGCUGGAUAUCAGUAAAGAUUUCCAGCCAUUUUACGGGGAAGGAGGACGUAUCCUGGAGAUCCGAACCCCAGAGGCAGUGACCAGCAUUAAGAAGCGAGGAGAGAGUCUUGGAUACACGGAAGGGGCCCUGCUGGCUUUGGCCUUCAUCAUCAUCCUCUGCUGUAUUCCUGCCAUCCUGGUGGUCUUGGUUAGCUACCGACAACGCCAGGCUGAGUGCACCAAGACAGCACGAAUUCAAUCCGCGCUACCCGCAGCUAAACCUGCAGCGCCUACCGCUGCCCCGGUGGCAAUGCCCCCGCCGCCACCACCUCCGCCGCCGGGCGCGCACCUCUAUGAAGAACUUGGAGACAGCACAAUGUAUGAAAUGCCUCAAUAUGGAAGUCGCCGUCGAUUGCUGCCACCUGCUGGACAGGAGGAAUAUGGUGAAGUGGUUGGUGAAGCUGAGGAAGACUAUGAGGAGGAAGAGGAAAUUCCAAAGAAAAUUAAAAAACCAAAAGUUGAAAUUAGAGAGCCUAGUGAGGAGGAGGAGGAGGAAGUAGUUGUAACUGUAGAAAAGCCACCGCCCGCGGAACCUACACAUACAACAUGGAAACGAGCCAGGAUAUUCCCAAUGAUUUUUAAGAAAGUCAGAGGACUAGCGGACAAGAGGGCCGCGGUGGACCUUGAGGGCGAAGACUGGCAAAGCCGCCUCGAGGAAGAAGACAAGGAUUAUUUGAAACUAACUCUCGACCAGGAAGAAGCCACAGAAAGCACUGUCGAAUCAGAGGAGGAAUCCUCGAGCGACUACACUGAAUAUAGCGAAGAGGAAUCCGAGUUCAGCGAGUCGGAGACCACGGAGGAGUCCGAGUCCGAGACGCCCUCGGAGGAGGAGGAGGAGAGCUCCACUCCUGAAUCCGAGGAGUCCGAGUCCACGGAGUCGGAAGGAGAGAAAGCAAGGAGGAACAUUUUUCUUGCCAGGAGAAAGCCUGUGGUUGAGGAGGUCAAAGAGGUCAAAAGUAAAAAAGAGAAGCCACCUGAAGAAGCCGAGGAAGAACGGGAGGUGGAAGAACAGCCCGAAGAGGAGGAGGAGGGGAGGGAAGCGGCCCCCAGGGAAGCAGCAGCAGAUCUCGGAGCUCCGGGUGCCCCCGAGGAGGGCAGUGCAGAAUCGGCCUCCAUGGAAGGAGGCGUGGAAAGCGAGGAGGAGUCAGAAGGAGGCAGUAGCAGCAGCAGUAGCGAAAGUAUGUCCGGCGUUCCGUGGGGUUUUCAGGUGCCAGAGUAUGACAGAAGCAAGAACUCACAGCCAAAAGCCUCUCCAGGAGCAAGCUCCGAAGGUUACAGCACAGCCCUUUAA